AUGGGAUCAACCACCGGUCGCAAGUUCAGCGACAUUCAAUCUGAUGUGUAUGAUGUUGUCAUUGUCGGUGGAGGAGUAUCGGGACUUACUCUGGCCGCAGCAUUGAAGGCUUCGCCAUACACAUCCGCCCUGAAAGUAGCCCUGAUCGAGGGAAUGUCGCUUGCGCCCGCCACCAAAUGGGAUCCAUCUCCCGACCAAUUAUCGAACCGGGUAUCGAGCAUCACGCCAGCUUCGCAAGCCUUUUUGCAAAAGAUCGGGGUUUGGGAUUACGUCUACCCCGAGCGAGUGCGCCAGUAUGAUGAUAUGCGAGUCUGGGAUGGUGUAUCUGGCGCGCGGAUCCAAUUCGAUUCAUUCCAGCUCGACGCCGCCGGAGCGCCGAUGGCCUACAUGACAGAGAACCUCAAUCUACAGCAGGCCCUUCUGGAAUCUCUUGCAGAGGCUCCUGGCGACAACCAGGUCAAGAUUUUCGACAGCACCAAAGUUGAGCAAAUAACAAAUUCAACUGAUCAGCUCGAUGACGUCGAUCUUUCGUCAUGGCCUGCAGUGAAGCUCUCGAACGGCUCGACACUACGGGCAAGACUACUGAUUGGUGCCGAUGGCGUGAAUUCUCCAGUCAGAUCGUACGCCGGCAUCGAAUCCCGCGGCUGGGAUUACGGACAGCAUGGAUUGGUCGCGACGUUGACGAUGGAAUGGGACGAUCGACAAGAUAUCGCCUGGCAGCGGUUCUUGCCGACCGGCCCAAUUGCGCUACUGCCAAUGCCGGGUGGGAAGGCAAGUCUGGUUUGGUCUACUACUCCCAAGCUUGCUGCUCAUCUCAAGUCGCUUGACCCCAAAGCCUUUUGCACACUGGUGAACGCUGCCUUCAGACUGGAGCUUGCAGACCUGAACUAUCUUUACACCCGAUCAGACCCAGAAGAAAUCGAAGCCGAGUUUGAGUGGAGAGAUGGCAUGCUGCCAAUGGAGGACGAAGGAGCGAAAUUCCCUGUCCGGGUAGUCGAGGUGCAGGAAAACACGCGAGCGAGCUUCCCUCUUCGCAUGCGGCAUUGCGACUCCUACGUCGCUCCCCGGGUCGCCUUGGUCGGUGACGCGGCUCAUACUACGCACCCACUGGCUGGUCAGGGGCUGAAUCUGGGACAAGGGGACGUCGCGUCUCUGAUGUCUGUUAUCGAGCGGGCAGUCGUACGAGGCGCGGAUAUCGGAGACGAGGUGGUUUUGCAGGAGUACUGGGCAGAGAGAUAUCCGGCGAAUCAUGUAAUGCUCGGAGUCGUUGACAAGCUUCAGAAACUGUAUUGCACGGACUCGAAGCCUGUUGUCGCACUGAGAUCUGCCGGGUUGGAAGUUGUUGCUAGCAUGGACUGGAUUAAGAAGCUGAUUAUGAAGCAGGCUACAGGUAUAUAA